GUUCUCAUGGAGAAGGGCAAGAACAGCAGGGCCCCGGUGAGCUGCGAGCACGCCCUGAAGCACCUGAUCGAGACCUCGCAGCAGAAGUGUAGAACAGCUGCCGAGAUCUACCAGGACAAGGACGGGAUGAGAACAGACGACAUCAAUGCCCUUGCAGGUCAGCGCACUGAUAAGAAGCAGGGAGACGUGUGGACUAGCUUCUACGACAAGAUCAAGGAAGUCAAGGACUACCACCGGCGCUUCAGCAUCAACCAGGGAUUCCCUGAGAUGCAGAACCCCGAGUGGUUCUACCAGCGGGCGAUAGAGUCCGAUCCCACGGACACGCUCUUCUCCGGCGAGGAAGAGUUAGGGAAGAAGGACUGCGUUGUUCGCAAUUGA